GACACACAGUCAAGGAGCACAACACCUUGAGGAGAAGAUCGGCGCCACCCUAAUAGAUACACAAACCCAAAAUUGAAAAUCAAACCGCUCAUCAAAGAUCUAGUCUAGUUGGCGCUGCCAAGAAAAAAUCAAACUGAGUUUCUAAUCGGAGAAAGGCUGUGAAGGAGAAGGUCGAUUGGGAGGGAAGCUCCAGAGAGAUGGCCUCAGUGCACUUGGCAAUCUUGCAAUUGACUUUGCUGUGGGUAGUAGAAGCAUCAAUUGUCAACAGACUCAACACCAACACCUUUCCUUUAGCCAAGGACGGCUGUGAAGACCGUUGUGGCAAUGUCAGUAUUCCAUACCCAUUUGGCACAAGGGAAGGAUGCUACGUUAAUGAUAGCUUUCUCAUCACUUGUAAUCACACAUACAACCCUCCCCUGGCGUUUUUGAAAACAAGUCAUAUAAAUGUGACAGAUAUAUGGCUUUCGGGUGAAAUGCGCAUAUAUGCCUUUGUAGCCAAUGAUUGCUACAACAGAACUGGUGGGCGUGCACGCUACAAUCUACCUUGGCUCCGAUCGGGAAUAUUCCCAAUCUCCAACACUCGAAACAAGUUCAUGGCUAUUGGGUGUGACACAUAUGCUGUGAUAAAGGGUUCUAGAGGGACAAGCUACACAACUGGGUGCAUGUCUUUAUGUGAUAGCACGAGAGAUGUGGUUGAGGGAUCUUGCUCUGGUAUUGGUUGUUGUGAAACUGCUAUUCCAAGAGGAGUAAUGGAUUUCAAUCUCAGUGUAUCGAGCUAUUACCAACACAAGAGAGUGUGGGAAUUCAAUCCUUGCAGCUAUGCUUUUGUGGCAGAGGAAGGUACUUACAACUUUUCUAAACAAGAUCUUUGGGAUCUUAAAGAUCAAGGUAAUAAGAUCCCAAUGGUGCUAAAUUGGGCAAUAGGGGAUCAAAAUUGCAGUGAAGCUAAAAAGGGUCUUGAAAGUUAUGCAUGCAAGGCUAACAGUGAGUGUCAUGACUCGAACAAUGGUCCAGGCUACCAGUGCAGUUGUUCCAAGGGAUACCAAGGCAAUCCUUACCUUAAGGAUGGCUGCCAAGAUAUUGAUGAGUGCUUAAAUUCCACCAUAUGCGUCCAAAACUGCACCAAUUUGCCUGGUACUUAUAAUUGUUCCUGUCAGCUACCAGGAUAUGAUGGCGAUGGUAAAUGGGAUGGAACAGGUUGCAAACUCAUACCAAGCCCUGAGAGGUUUCCAUUGAUUAAUAGGAUUUCACUAGGUGUUAGUAUCAGCCUCUUGGUUCUAGUUUUGGGCAUUUCUUGGUUAUACUGGGGACUCAAGCGUAGAAAGCUCAUCAAGCUCAAAGAGAAGUUUUUUAAACAAAAUGGUGGCUUUCUACUACAACAACAACUUUCUAAGCACAAUGGAUCUGUUGAAACAACUCAAAUGUUUACAGCAGAAGAACUUAAGAAGGCAACAAACAAUUACCAUGAAAAUAGAAUCCUAGGCCAAGGUGGCCAAGGAACGGUUUACAAAGGAAUAUUACCCGAUAACAAAAUAGUUGCCAUUAAGAAGUCCAAAAUAAUAGAUCAAAGCCAAGUUGAACAAUUUAUUAAUGAAGUGUCUAUUCUCUCCCAAAUCAACCAUAGAAAUGUGGUAAAGUUAUUGGGAUGUUGUUUGGAGACUGAAGUUCCUUUGUUGGUGUAUGAAUUUGUUACCAAUGGUACCCUUUUCAAUCACAUUCACAAAACAGACCAUUCUUCAACGUUGCAAUGGCAAUUACGUUUACAGAUAGCAGUUGAAACUGCAGGAGCACUUUCUUAUUUGCAUUCUGCUGCAUCCACUCCCAUCAUUCAUAGAGAUAUCAAGAGCACUAAUGUACUCUUAGAUGAUAAUUACAAAGCUAAGGUAUCUGAUUUUGGAGCUUCGAGGCUAGUUCCUCUUGAUCAUACUCAGUUAACCACACUAGUGCAAGGGACACUUGGAUACUUGGAUCCAGAAUACUUUCAUUCAAGCCAAUUGACUGAAAAAAGCGACGUUUAUAGCUUUGGAGUUCUCCUUGCAGAGUUGCUAACUGGAAUGAAGGCACUUUCUUUUGAGAGACCUGAAGAAGAAAGAAACUUAGCCAUGCAUUUUGUCUCAUCAAUGAAUGAAAGCCGAUUGUUUGAAAUUCUAGAUCAACAAAUGCUGAAUGAGGGAAACGUUGAGCAACUUAAUGAAGUUGCGAUGUUAGCUAAGAGAUGCUUAAAAGUGAAGGGAGAGGAGAGGCCUACUAUGAAAGAAGUUGCAAUGGAGUUAGAGGGCUUGAAAGCAAUGACAAAGCAUCCAUGGGUUAAAGGCAAUACGAGUUCAGAAGAGACUGAGUACUUGCUCCAAAAACCAUAUGAUGAUUGUAUUGAUGGUAACACCCACCUUGUAUUCUCCACAUCUGCUGGUGACGGCUGUGAAGACCGUUGUGGCAAUGUCAGUAUUCCAUACCCAUUUGGCACAAGGGAAGGAUGCUACGUUAAUGAUAGCUUUCUCAUCACUUGUAAUCACACAUACAACCCUCCCCUGGCGUUUUUGAAAACAAGUCAUAUAAAUGUGACAGAUAUAUGGCUUUCGGGUGAAAUGCGCAUAUAUGCCUUUGUAGCCAAUGAUUGCUACAACAGAACUGGUGGGCGUGCACGCUACAAUCUACCUUGGCUCCGAUCGGGAAUAUUCCCAAUCUCCAACACUCGAAACAAGUUCAUGGCUAUUGGGUGUGACACAUAUGCUGUGAUAAAGGGUUCUAGAGGGACAAGCUACACAACUGGGUGCAUGUCUUUAUGUGAUAGCACGAGAGAUGUGGUUGAGGGAUCUUGCUCUGGUAUUGGUUGUUGUGAAACUGCUAUUCCAAGAGGAGUAAUGGAUUUCAAUCUCAGUGUAUCGAGCUAUUACCAACACAAGAGAGUGUGGGAAUUCAAUCCUUGCAGCUAUGCUUUUGUGGCAGAGGAAGGUACUUACAACUUUUCUAAACAAGAUCUUUGGGAUCUUAAAGAUCAAGGUAAUAAGAUCCCAAUGGUGCUAAAUUGGGCAAUAGGGGAUCAAAAUUGCAGUGAAGCUAAAAAGGGUCUUGAAAGUUAUGCAUGCAAGGCUAACAGUGAGUGUCAUGACUCGAACAAUGGUCCAGGCUACCAGUGCAGUUGUUCCAAGGGAUACCAAGGCAAUCCUUACCUUAAGGAUGGCUGCCAAGAUAUUGAUGAGUGCUUAAAUUCCACCAUAUGCGUCCAAAACUGCACCAAUUUGCCUGGUACUUAUAAUUGUUCCUGUCAGCUACCAGGAUAUGAUGGCGAUGGUAAAUGGGAUGGAACAGGUUGCAAACUCAUACCAAGCCCUGAGAGGUUUCCAUUGAUUAAUAGGAUUUCACUAGGUGUUAGUAUCAGCCUCUUGGUUCUAGUUUUGGGCAUUUCUUGGUUAUGCUGGGGACUCAAGCGUAGAAAGCUCAUCAAGCUCAGAGAGAAGUUUUUUAAACAAAAUGGUGGCCUUCUACUACAACAACAACUUUCUAAGCACAAUGGAUCUAUUGAAACAACUCAAAUAUUUACAGCAGAAGAACUUAAGAAGGCAACAAACAAUUACCAUGAAAAUAGAAUCCUAGGCCAAGGUGGCCAAGGAACUGUUUACAAAGGAAUAUUACCAGAUAACAAAAUAGUUGCCAUUAAGAAGUCCAAAAUAAUAGAUCAAAGCCAAGUUGAACAAUUUAUUAAUGAAGUGUCUAUUCUCUCCCAAAUCAACCAUAGAAAUGUGGUAAAGUUAUUGGGAUGUUGUUUGGAGACUGAAGUUCCUUUGUUGGUGUAUGAAUUUGUUACCAAUGGUACCCUUUUCAAUCACAUUCACAAAACAGACCAUUCUUCAACGUUGCAAUGGCAAUUACGUUUACAGAUAGCAGUUGAAACUGCAGGAGCACUUUCUUAUUUGCAUUCUGCUGCAUCCACUCCCAUCAUUCAUAGAGAUAUCAAGAGCACUAAUGUACUCUUAGAUGAGAAUUACAAAGCUAAGGUAUCUGAUUUUGGAGCUUCAAGGCUAGUUCCUCUUGAUCAUACUCAGUUAACCACACUAGUGCAAGGGACACUUGGAUACUUGGAUCCAGAAUACCUUCAUUCAAGCCAAUUGACUGAAAAAAGCGACGUUUAUAGCUUUGGAGUUCUCCUUGCAGAGUUGCUAACUGGAAUGAAGGCACUUUCUUUUGAGAGACCUGAAGAAGAAAGAAACUUAGCCAUGCAUUUUGUCUCAUCAAUGAAUGAAAGCCGAUUGUUUGAAAUUCUAGAUCAACGAAUGCUGAAUGAGGGAAAUGUUGAGCAACUUAAUGAAGUUGCGAUGUUAGCUAAGAGAUGCUUAAAAGUGAAGGGAGAGGAGAGGCCUACUAUGAAAGAAGUUGCAAUGGAGUUAGAGGGCUUGAAAGCAAUGACAAAGCAUCCAUGGGUUAAAGGCAAUACGAGUUCAGAAGAGACUGAGUACUUGCUCCAAAAACCAUAUGAUGAUUGUGUUGAUGGUGUCGCUGGCAAUUCUGCAUGUUAUGACAGCAUAAGGAAACAAGUCAGCAUAUCAAUACUUGAUGAUGGCAGAUAAUUAUCUAGUGUGUUAAAGGAUGAUAUAAUGCUAGACAUUAUCAUUAUACUUUUUAUUCAUAGUUUUUUUUUAUCAUUUUAAAAAUGUAUUUUUGUUAUUAGUUUGGGACUAGGUAAACAGACAAGAUGGGAUAGAUUUGUAGAUUAGUUUUUAAAUAAAUUUUAUCUACUUGUAAUAGAUAAA